AUGGACGCAGCUGCAGUGGUGACUCUUCUGGCACUGAUUUUGGCGAUGGCUGGCGUCAGUCAGGCUCUUCACAUCCAAGGCGGUCUGGACAAAAAUGACAUCUUGCCUGGCAGCUCAGAGGAGAGCAUGCAUGACCACCUGUUGGGGCUGGAGACUGAAAACAGAGACAACAAUGCUGAUGGUCACCUGCUGACUUUUUUGCUGAGAGCCCUGCUGCAGGGAGCUCAGAGAGAAACCAGGGAGUCUGUCCUCCAUCAGCCACAGAGGUUUGGCCGCAACUCCAGAGGGCAGGUGGUGCUGGAGGAUCAGAUGCAUUCCCGUGACUGGGAGGCUGCCCCUGGUCAGAUCUGGAGUAUGGCUGUGCCCCAGAGAUUUGGCAAGAAAUAAUGUUGCAGCCAGAGCCACACAGUGUUGUCCUGUUACAAGGUCAAGCAGUGGGGAGUCACAGAGAGACUAAAUUUUCUUCCACUCUAAGUUCCAGCCCAUUAGGCUUGACAUAACACCUGGUGUCCAGUGAAAGAUGAUACAAGCUUUUACAUUAUUAUUAUUAUUUUCUUUGAAUUUCCAACACUGCAUGUUGACAGAUGCCUAUUUGUUUUUUUUUUUGAGCAGGCCUUGAUUGUUUGGAUUGGCUUGUAAUUAAACACUAAAUAUGUUUG